UGAAAUCUUCACAUGGGUGACAGCUCCUCAGCAGCCUCACAACUGAACCGUGACUCGAGCGACUAUGGAGACUUUUGGAUGCUAAUUUAUGAGAAGAAGAAGAAGAAGAAGAAGACCAGGAUGAGAAGCUGAGUUUGAGCUGCUGCUGUUUGAGAUGAGACAGUCCAUCAUGAGUUUGGUUUGUGCUCUGAUUCUCCUCUUCAUCUCAAAAUCUUUGGUGGUAGCACAACCAGAGAAGUGCCAACAAAACCCCUGCCCUCCUGGUUAUUACAGAAAGAAGUGUGGCCCUGAUAAUAGCUGGAAUUUAUGUCAAAAAUGUAAGGAUGGAUACUACAUGGACACAGAAAACACUGCAAGAACUUGUAUCCAGUGUACGAAAUGUGGUGUCAAUACGGUGAUGAAGAAACAAUGCACUUCUGUUUCUGAUCGGCAAUGUGUCUCGAAAGGAAGUGACAGGAAUCUUGGUUGCUCGUCCUGUUUGACCACAAGGAAAAAGCAUACCGAACCCCAGAGGGUAGUGGAGUGUAACCCACUGUGCAUACUGUUAACUACACAUGAUACCACUGCAGUUACUACUAAUACUACUACUACUACUAUUUCUGCUACUACAAGAGGAGCUUCAAAUGUCACAACAAAAUAUAUCUUCCCUGCAGGUGUGGGCCCUCUGGUGUGGGUGCUGGUGUUUGUGGUUCUGCUGAUUCUCGUGUUCUGCGUCAGUGUCCUGUUAUUGACAAACCUGUACAAAUACGUGCACGUCUACUGCCCCUGCUGGAGAGUCAAGGAACACGCCGAGGCCCCUCUGCAAGCAGACAGAGAGCCAGGCUGCCUUCAAAGCCCGACCACACUGGUUCAGGAUUUUACCAUCUAUGAGGAAAUUCCCAUGUUCGAUGCCAUGAGCCCUGUCCCCCCGAGAAAUCCUGCCAAUGGCGCCCCCCAGCUGUCAGAAGAGGAACACAGAGCUCUCCUAGACCAGACCCAGCGGGAGCCCUUCCCUGCCAUCGUCAUGUACGCUGUGAUAAAAGAGGUGCCUCUGCGUCGCUGGAAGGAGCUCAUGCGUCUGCUGUCGGUGGCAGAUCAGCAGCUGGAGCGGGUGGAGCUGGACGUGGGCUUGAGCUCUAUGGAGAAACAGUACCAGCAGCUCAGGCUCUGGAGUCAGAAGCCAGGAGCUAAAAUGGAUGAUAUUUACUCAGCACUUCACUACAUGGAGCUGAUGCGAUGUGCACAGAUGAUCAGGGAAAGUCUUGACCAGAUACAGCAAAGACCAGAAGGGGACGCUGUAUAAAACAAACUAAAGAUUACAGCCCUGUUAUAUUUGGUGCAGAACAUUUUAGAAUUUUCUUUUUUAACCUCAAACCCCAACUAGUAUAACUUCUCCAAACAGAAGUCAUGAAGAUUAUGAUAUGAACUCACUCACAGCAUCUUAGGAUCAGAUAAUAAUUUGCCGCCAAGCAGGUUUGAAAGGACUCCGUAGUUGUAGUACUGCAGUCUUAUGAUACUGUAGUACUGUAAUCUUUUGAUACUGUUGUACUGUAGGCCUUGAGUUCUAAACACGAACAUGUUAUUUAUUUAUUUUAGUAAUUUCUGUGACUCAUGACUUGACUCUGAACACAAACUUUGGCUACAUUUAGAUGUCCAAUGAAAAUCUGAAUCAUCAGAUCCCAAUAAUUCAGUCAGAAUUUUGGUGUGUUUACGUGCACAAAAGAAAUCUGAUAAAAAUCCAUUUCAAAAUGUUGUAUUUGAUAGACAAUGACAAUGAACUGUAAAUAUUUCUUUCUACUUUUAUAAUUUUCUCUUUAUUUUUUAUUUGUCUCUUUAUUGCAUAAUUUUACUUGUCAAACCUGCUCAGGUGUGGACAGUCAGAUGUUUGAUGUGGAUAUAAACAGAGACACUGGGACUAGGUUCAGAGCAGAGAAUUUGGACUGGAGCUUGUAAACUCUCAACCUGGAUCUGUACAGGCAAGUGCAGAGGGGGAGAUAUAGGGGGCGCUAUAGCAGGGGUAUUCUUGCCCUACAAGUUCCCUUUUCUAUCUUUUUUUAAUUUAUGCCUCCACAACCUGACAGAUUUUCUCUGCACAACCAUGUCUCUGACUCUUUAGACUGUUUUGUUGCAAGCAGGACUAAACCAGAACUGAACCAGGACUGAAAAAGGACUAAACCAGGACUAAAACAGAUUUAAACCAUGUGUAAAACAGGACUAAACCAGAACUGAACCAGGAGUGAGUGUCGGGACUCGGUCUCUAUCUCUUUCUCGAGCCCAAGAUUAGUCCUGGUUUAUUUAUUUUAUGCUGAACUGCAGCCAAAUAUGCACUUUUUUUUUUUUUAAAUCCUAUGCACAUGCAGAUUUCUGAAAGUUUCGUUUUCAGCCGCUGCUGCUGUCAAACUAUGGGUCUACAUGCGGCUUGAAGAGAAAAAGUGAGAAAAAGAGAAAACACGGCUCCCAAUAAGAAGCAGGCUCCCGUUGUUCGCUUCAAAGAGUCGGCUCUAAGAGCUGCUUCUAUCGCGACCGACCCAUAACUCCUAGCUAGUAAACUAUCGCUAUUAGCCUUUAGCCGUAAAAACGUGCGCACCGCGGUAAUUAAUUAUAUGCAUAAAUGUGGAUCAUUCACACGUCUAUUCACAGCUCAUUUACAUAUCAAUGCUGGUCCAGUAACAAAUAUACGGCCAAUAUAGUCACUUUACAAUAGGCCAAUAGAAAACAGCCUGUUUAUGUGCCGUAGCUACAGCAGCUAAUCGCUAAUAACAAAUAACCAAAACUAGCUUCAAAGUCGAUGUAUUUCCAACAAUCAACACUCACACAGGCUCCUCCUCACAUCACAAGUCUGAACUAAUAAAAGUCCUUUUAAUCCAGACUCAAACUGAUUGUCUGUAAAAAGAAAAUAAUCUCAGUGUUGCGCACCGCUGCGGGUGUAAACAAGAACACGUGAGUGAAGUGAAGUGACUCUGUGGUGUGUUCAGGGACAGUACGGACACACACAGACAAAUUACACCGGAGAUAAAUACUGAUGCGGAGCCACAUAUUAGGACAUUUAUCUGUCUGUAAAUUGGAUUAAAUGAACAUAAUGUAGAGAGUCUAAGCUUUAUAACAAGGUAUAACAUGCCCACGUGAAAUAUCGGCCGAUAUGUCUCCAGUUGCCCACAUCGGCCGAUAUAUCGGCCGGGCUCUAGUAGAGGUAUUGGAAGUGUUAAUAGUGAUUCCUGUAGUAAGUAUCAAGUUUUUGUGUGGUGCAGCAUUGCUGUUGUUCUUUUGUUCUGACUACUUCUACUGGAGUGUUAGCAGUCAGAGCUGUACCUACACUGCAGAUUGUGUGGUUGUGUUGUAGGCUGCGGGUGACUCAAACAGAGUAUUGUGGGUUUAGUGGUGGUGACCUGUAUCCACCAUCGUACAUAAAUCAGAGGAGAAUUCCCCUGUAGAGAUACAGUAGGCCAGAUGUAUUUUCACAUCUACAUCCUCUUAUGAGAAAGUAUCUGUUAAAUAUUGAUGUGUGCUGUUUGUGGAUGUGUUUUUCAUUAAAGGUGCAUUUGUAACUUUUCUGGUGGAGGGACUGUUACCUACUUGUUUCUAUGGAAAUGUCAUUGCUCUGCCUGGAAUGCUCCACAGUGAAGGAAGUUCAGCCACCACAGCCUAUUCCACCAGACUAUUUCCUGGUGCUGAUGUAGUAUCUCAUUUUGAGAGUUUAAACUGUUGGUCUGAUUCUGCAUCGACUUCUAAGAAUUUAUUUUCUAACACGAUGUAUCAUAUGAGUGACUGUUAUUUUUUGUCCAAAAUAAAUUUGUAUUAUUUUGUUAAGAAA